CCUUUGGGCCUGAAACCCAGGAGCCCAGAGCCCCACGACCUCGGCUCCCGGUCCCCGGCUCCGGCCCCGGGCCCGCCCAGAGAGCGGCGGACGACAGGGUCCCCACGCCCUCGGCUCCCGGCCCUCGGCUCCCGCCCCAGGCCCGCUCCGCGCACUCUCUGGGUCCCGCAGGCUCCGGGAAGGAAGGUGGGGCGGCUGGGCCGGGGGCGGGGCGGCGGCCGCGGCCGUGAGCCCGCCCCCCGCUCGCUCUGCGCUGGCCGGCUGGCGCGACCAUGGAGGUCUACAUCCCGUCCUUUCGCUACGAGGAGAGUGACCUGGAGCGGGGAUACACGGUGUUUAAGAUAGAAGUGCUAAUGAAUGGAAGAAAACAUUUUGUUGAAAAAAGGUACAGCGAAUUUCAUGCCCUGCACAAAAAGCUUAAGAAAUGUAUUAAAACUCCAGAAAUCCCUUCCAAACAUGUUCGGAACUGGGUUCCAAAAGUCUUGGAACAACGACGACAAGGUUUGGAAACAUAUUUACAGGCUGUCAUUCUAGAAAAUGAAGAACUUCCCAAACUGUUCCUUGAUUUCCUAAAUGUGCGACAUUUGCCCUCUCUACCAAAGGCAGAGAGCUGUGGAUCUUUUGAUGAGACAGAAUCUGAAGAGUCAAGCAAACUGUCCCACCAGCCGGUGCUGCUGUUCCUCAGGGAUCCAUACGUCUUGCCUGCAGCCAGCGAUUUUCCAAAUGUGGUUAUUGAAGGAGUUCUCCAUGGGAUAUUUUACCCUCAUCUACAGCCCAGGUAGAAAUCCUCCAUGGCUAGAAGAAGCUGAAGCAAGUUUCGAAGUCGUAGUCAAGGAAAUCGAUACCUACCAAAUUAACCUAAACUCUAUGACAUAAUGGCUCUCGCUAGUGGUAAACUUCACAGCCGCAGCUUAAUUCAGAGCAGGGACAUUUCCAUUAGAAUGGUGCUUUUAAAAAUAGAAACUGAACCAGGGCGGUGCUGAGGUUAAGGCCAAGUGUUUAAGAAGUAGAAUGUAGCUGCCAAUUUAGAAACCCAGGAAAAGAAAGCUAAAGAAGAUCUUUGGGAGCUCCGAGUGUAGCAAAACAGUUACUCUCUGCUUCAGUCACACCAUUUGCUGAUUGAAAAUCUUAUCCCGAAUCAUAGUGAGACUGAUCAACUUUGGUAGCUUUUUUGUUCAGAUUUUAUGACACACUAAUCUUUUCAUCAUGAGAUUUUUCCCAGCCAGUGAUGGAUAACAUUCUGAAGUGCUGGCACCAGGAGAGCAUCACAGAAACACACUGUGCUAAAUGUGAGGAAGGCACUAAACUGGAAAUGAAAUUAUACUGACAAAAUUAGGGCACUUUUAAAAUCAUGGCAUUUUAAUUUACAUUACAGUGGAGCUGCGUCAUAUCCAGGGGUUAGCUUCUAAUGUCGGCACAUAAGAUAAAAUGGGGUCUCAAGAUUAUCCUUGAAAGCCCUUUGAAUGGUGCCAUAUUGGAAAUCUCAAUCCACGACAGCCAGUUUUUCCUCCGGUGUUGGAAGAGGUAACUGUUUCUUCCGUUGAAGUUGUUGGUGUUUAGGGGCUAUUUUGUAGAAAAAAACACAUAACUUUGAACACUAGAGUGAUACUUAGCCUUGCAAGAUAACUGAGGGAACACCAGAUUGACAACACUCAUCUUGGUUUACUCGAGGGCAUCCAUUCAUUGAAUAGGUGGUAUAAUUGCCAGAUUGAUUGUUAUUUUCCUUAUUCCUUAUCAUUUCCUUUUCACUGAUCUCAUGUACUGAAUUAAAUUAAAUGUGUUUAUGAUAUAACUCCACUGUAUAUCUUACAGACAUUCAGAUUUUGAGUAGUAAAGGAUAAAAGCAUAUAUGCAGCCUGUAUAUAUGUGCCAUAUUUGGACAUUUCCUUGAAAACCAGUUAAUAGCUAGCCUAUUUAUGGUUAUUAGUUAAUAAGCUUCUGUGUGGGAGAAAAAUAUUUAGAUAUAAAACUAAUAAUUAAAUCAUGGUUGUUGAUUAGGAUCUAAAUAUACAGGUUUAAAGCUUGCUGCAGACUCUUAGAGAUUUAUUUAUGAUAGAUGUGUUACUACAUGCUGGAAAUAAGCAAGAACUAAAUAAUCAAGUGUCAUCAACCAAAAAUGACUGAAUAGUCAAGUGUUGGAGAUAUUUUUUAAAUGUUUUUGUUAUUAGCUAUUUUGAGUUAAAUAAAAACGAAGAAC